UGACAGUUGUCAAUUUGUCCGGCCUCAAAAUUCUUGUUAAAAAUCUCUAUUAAAUACAAAAUGAAUCGAUUUUCCUGGUUUACCACGCAAAAUGGCAGAAAAUUUAUUUUCGGAUCAGUUACAGCAGGAGCCGUUGCCACAGUUUCAUUUAUUUAUUUACCAAACACCUUAUUUAUAGAUAAAUAUCAAGAAAUUGUCCAGUGUUAUAGCGACGGAUUUCCUAGAGAGACACCAGAUAAAGUAUUAAAUUGCUUUGACACUGCUGUUCAAAUUUUAAGUAUACCAGAAAGUACAAAGAAGUUACUGAAGCCAUUUACUGUUGUCGGAUGUGAUUUGUUCAACGCAGGUUCCACUCACAGUCGAUUUGGGGCCAUAAUUGGUAUUCCAGUUAACUACGGAUAUUUAUCUGCAGACGGUAUUGACAAAAGAGAGAUCGUGGUUAGUAAUAAUCCUUUCGAAAACAUCUACCAAUGGUUUCAAAAAAUAUGCCAACAGGUCCGUCAGAAAUCCGUUGACUGGGAGAGCGAAUCCGGCAAAAAAUUAGCCAGCUCAUUAGUACUAACAGAUGAUGAAAAGAUCUUUGGUAUAGCCAGGGAAAUCCUAACAGCACAGACGCUAAAGAAAUUAUUAUUAAUGUUGUACCCACCUUCAUUCGUUUUAUUCUGUUAUGGGCUAACAACAAAUCUGAACAGAAAACUGAAUUUAUUUGCAAAGCCUGUACAAGUACGGGGUAUAAUGUAUACUUUAGCGAUAGCUUACAGUUAUUCUUGUUAUAUAUUCGCAAAAGACUACACAGAAACCUAUUAUGAAGGUGUUGUCGAUGAACAACUAGCAAAUAUUGGACCACACAUGGCAUUGACGGGAGUGAAUUUUUAUAAUAAAAUUUUACAAAGAAAUAUAGCACUAAGGGAAUUUAUAGGAGAUGAUUCGUUUACUUCGUAUGGUAAUGAGAACUUUUUAAUUCGACAGAGAAGAUUACCUUUGACAUAUAGGAAAGAAUAUUUUGAAAAACGCUGUAAAGAGUAUGAAGAAAAUUUGGCACAAGAAGCUUGAUUUUGAAUUUGUUUAUUGAUGAUUUAAUUUUGUAUUUGUAAAUAGUUUGUUAAGUAUAUAUAAAAUGUUAUCUUUAUAUAUUUAUGUUAUGUAGGCCGACCUGUUUUAAUAAAA